AUGACCCCCUCCCCGCGGGUCAGGACCCGCUCCCGUGGGGUCAGCAGGGCCAUGGCCCCCUGCCAUGGCCCACCCCGUGCCCCGUGCCCACCUCAGUGCCCGGCCCAGGGCUCUCAGUCCUUCCUGGAGCACCAAUUCCCAGUUUCUGGGGGGAUUUUUCCCCGGCUCAGGAUCGACGAGGAGCUGCUGGGGGACGGGCACACCUACAGCCCCCGGGCCAUCCACUCCUGGCUCACCAGGGUCAUGUACAACCGGCGCUCCAAGAUCAACCCCCUCUGGAACACCGUGGUCAUCGGGGGCUGCUCCGGAGGCCAGGGGUUCCUGGGAUACGUGGACAUGCUGGGAGUGGCCUACGAGGCGCCGACGUUGGCCACGGGGUUCGGGGCCUACCUGGCUCAGCCCCUGAUGAGGGAGGUCCUGGAGAAGAAGCAGAGCCUGACCCAGGAGGAGGCCCGGGAUCUCCUGGAGCGCUGCCUGCGGAUCCUCUACUACAGGGACGCCAGAUCCUUCAACAGGUAUGAACUCGCCACCGUGACGGAGAAGGGGGUGCAGGUGGAGGGACCCCUGACCCUGGAAGCCAACUGGGACAUCGCCCACGUGGUCAGCGGUUUCGAGUGAACCCCGGGAGCUGCUCCAGGUCGUCGUGUCCUUCGUAUCCCACCCUUUGUAUCCUGGUCCCUCUGGAAUGUCCCUCUGGAAUGUCCCAUCCGUGUUUUUGGGAAUAAAACCAAGACCUUUUAA